GGUUUGCGAAUGCGAUCGAUUGCGAGAAGUAGUUGUAUGCGGUAGUUAGCGCUCGGUGGGUUCAAAAAAUGGCUCUAUUCAGGAUUACUACCACGAAAUUAGUUGAGGUGCAGAAAAUAUGCCCAUCGGCGACGAUAUUGUUGCGUGGGCUCAGCGCCGAGAACACAAACCUCAAAAGUGUGCUCCAGGAGAAGAUCCCAAAAGAACAGGAGAAAAUAAGAGAAUUCCGUAAAAAGUAUGGCGCCACCAAAGUCGGGGAGGUCACCGUUGAUAUGAUGUAUGGCGGCAUGCGAGGGAUCAAAGGUCUUGUUUGGGAGACUUCAGUGCUGGACCCGGACGAGGGUAUCAGAUUCCGUGGCCUCUCGAUCCCUGAAUGCCAACAGCAGCUUCCUAAAGCCAAGUCUGGCGAGGAACCUCUCCCCGAAGGUCUGUUUUGGCUCCUGGUCACUGGAGACGUACCCACCGAAGCUCAAUCUAAAGCCAUCUCUAAGGAAUGGGCAUCAAGAGCGGAGCUGCCAGCCCAUGUCGUGACAAUGUUGAACAAUAUGCCAAGCAAAUUGCACCCAAUGUCGCAAUUCUCCGCCGCCGUCACUGCCCUUAACAGCGAGUCCAAAUUCGCUAAAGCUUAUUCCGAGGGUGUACACAAGUCCAAAUAUUGGGAGUAUGUUUACGAGGACUCGAUGAAUCUGAUCGCCAAGUUGCCUGUGAUCGCGGCGACGAUUUAUCGUAACACGUACCGCGACGGAAAGGGCAUCGGGGCCAUUGACGACAACAAGGACUGGUCUGCUAACUACUGCACCAUGCUGGGCUUCGACGAUCCCGAAUUCACGGAGCUCAUGCGCCUCUACCUCACCAUCCACAGUGACCACGAAGGCGGUAAUGUCUCAGCCCAUACAACACACUUGGUGGGCUCGGCUCUCAGCGACCCCUAUCUGUCAUUCGCGGCUGGCCUCAAUGGACUCGCUGGCCCUCUUCACGGUCUAGCUAAUCAGGAGGUGCUUGUCUGGCUGGAGAAGCUACGCAAACAGGUCGGCGACAACUUCACCGAGGAUCAGCUCAAGGAGUUCAUCUGGAAGACCCUCAAGUCUGGCCAGGUCGUGCCUGGUUACGGCCAUGCCGUGCUUAGGAAGACUGACCCCAGGUACACAUGCCAACGCGAGUUCGCCCUGAAGCAUUUACCCAACGAUCCGCUAUUCAAGCUUGUGGCAGCAGUUUACAAGGUGGUACCCCCAAUACUCACCGAGCUCGGCAAAGUCAAGAACCCCUGGCCCAAUGUGGACUCACACUCUGGUGUCCUGCUACAGUAUUAUGGUCUGAAGGAAAUGAACUACUAUACGGUAAUGUUCGGUGUGUCCCGUGCGCUGGGCGUGUUAGCGCAGAUGAUCUGGUCGCGCGCGCUUGGCUUCCCUAUCGAACGGCCAAAGUCCCUCAGCACCGAGCUCCUCAUCAAGCAAGUUGGCAAGUAAACUUCUAAUAACCUCGCGCGCGCAGCGGGCCCCCCCACAGCUUGAUUCACACAAACCUAUAGUUUAUUCGAGUUAUGAAUGCAAUACGAAAUUCAAACUGGCCAAUCACAAUUAAUCCAUUCUAUCAGCUCA